AUGCGAUCGAUUCUCUUUCUACUCGGUCUCCUUUUUGUAAUGUGAGUCCUGAACUCGUCAUGCCAGUUCACUCAUUUUCCCUUUCCAGAAUUUGUGCGAGACGGGACGCCAACCAGAAGCUGAAAGCGUGCUGUGCUCGCCAGAAGACUGCUGACAAAAUGUGCAAAAAGAGGUUCUGUGACUUUGAAGCCAUCCAUCAAGGAAACGUCAGUGAAACCUCUGAUUGUCUGCAAAGUUGCUCCUUUCAGAUGCUUCAUUAUCUGAACACUUGCGGCCCUAAAAACCAAACGGUUCAGUUGAUGUGGGACUGUGCUUCCUCGAGAGCGGACCACACAGAAUGCUGCAAAAGAAGUCGGUCCCUUUCCAAUCUUCCCGACUUCAAUGUCCUUUUCAGCAACGUCGUUCCCGCCUGUCUUCCUAUUGUGCUGCUCAGGGAACGGUGCCGAAUGAGCAAGUGACGCACGUGUUCUGCAUGCAAAACUUCAACAACAUCAGGGAUUGCUUCCGUUCGCAUCUCGACAAGAAACCGAACAUUUUCGGAGAUAACUGA